UUCAGUUUGGUUACCAAAUCGUUUACACAUUUUUUCGCACAAUGUUUGGCGAACCGCCUCCUCAAGAUGAAUCGAAGAUAUUCGAGAUGGCGAUGAUGGAGCUGAAACGAGUGCAACAUCAGUACAAUGUGCUGGCGAGAGGGAAAGCGCCGCAUCCACCGGGGACCAAGAGAAUCCUUCUUAAACAGAGGAGCAUCUUGCUGGGACUGGAGAAAGACAAAGAAAAGCUGAUGCAAAGUAUUCGCCCAGCGACCUCUCCCGAGAAUAUAGCGAAGGACAACAAACUGACUGUGGGUAUCAGUACCCUUCUUACACAACGGCAGACGUACAACGACUUGGUCAGGCAAGAGAAAGACACGAUAAAAACUAUUGAACGUCUAACACGUGAGCUGGAGAAGGAAGUGGCAAUUCUGCGAAUGAAGGACAUGGAUGACCACAGGAGCAAGAAGCUGGCAUCGAUCUCCGAGAAGAAACUCGUGAGGCUCGAGAAUAAGCUACACGUCGAGACAGUGAAAUAUAACAAUAUUGCUACAGAAAAAGAUCGGCUGAGGGAAGACAUCGAUACAAUGCUCAUUGAACACGAGCUCUUUGAAACCGCCUACCAACAAUUACUUAAGAAGCUUGUUACUGGCAAAAAAGUCAUGUCAGACCUUAUGAAGCUUGCGACCUCCAACUUCGACCAGAGGGACGAUGCGACGAAGCAUCUGCAGGCGCUGAAGGACCGCGCAAACCAGGACCAGAUGGCGCAGACCAAGGAGAUAAACAAGCUGCAGCGCUACUGCGGCCGGCAGACCAUCAUCCGCGACUUCAUGGCCACCAAGGGACACCAGAGGAUCACCGCGGACGUCGUAGCCCAGAGGAUACAGAAGAAAGGUGCGCAAAUCCGGUAG